AUGUGUCAGGCAAAAUUGGAUUGCAAGACGCCACUAGUUGCUUCGGAACGACAGACUGAACACUCACUAUGGCAGCCCAAACUCAUGUACCUCAUUAGCAACGCAUGGACGUCUGCACAGAGCAACUUCCUGAGUAUAUUCUACCAGCAGACGGCGCAGUUUACUAAAGUGCAGAUUGGUUUCUUGCAGACACUUCCUUGCUUGUGUACCAUGCUGGCCCCACCAUUCUGGGGUGUUGUGGCCGAUCACAUCCAGAACCAGCGACUCAUUCACAUCUUCUGCAUCGUUACGGGCGCAUUGCUUAUGUUUGCGGUGCGCUUCUUUUACUGGUCUUUUGACUGGAUGGUUGUCGUUAUCAUUGUGUCCAACUUCCAAGUGGGUCCGACCGGGUCGUUAUUGGAUCACACAGUGCUCAAUCUUUUAGACAAGAUCGGCGGUGAGUACGGUAAGCAGCGGCUAUUUGGUGCACUCGGCUACGGUGUUGGUGCUUAUGUCACGAGCCUAAUUGUGGCCGUUGCUGGCAUCUCGUGGUCGUUCAAUGUCAGUUUGGCACUCGGUCUCAUGUCUCUAUUUGUACUGCGCACGAUUCCACCGAUGCAACACCAUCGACAGUUGAGUGACACUUUGGAAUAUGGCACGGUGAAGCGGCCGUCGUUUAUGGACAACAUCCGACUAAUCUGUGGGAUGGUGGACGUGCUCGUGUUGUUUGGCGUGGUGUUCCUCAUGGGGCUCAUGUACGGAGUACUGUCUAGCUUCCUCACACUGAACCUGUAUAAUUUGUCGGAUCAGAAUGCACAGAUUGUUGGUAUCGCCAUCAUGUGUGAAACAGCGUCGGAAUUGCCCGCCUUCUUCUUCUCCCACAAGAUCAUUAACCGAUUUGGCAUUGUAAAUGUACUGCUGCUAUCGAUUAUGGGCUACGCUCUCCGUGUGUCCUACUACGCCGUUAUGACGAAUGCAUGGGGUGCGAUCCCUUUUGAGUUUUUACACGGCGUCACGUAUGGAUUGGCAUGGGCAGCAUGCACACAAUACGUCUACUCAGCAGCUCCUCCAGGUUGUGAAGGGACGAUUAUGGGCGUAUUGAAUGCGGUGCAAAAUGGUCUUGCACGUGGAACGGGAACGCUCAUUGGCGGCUACUUCUAUGAACACUACGGUGCCCGUACGAUGUGGCUAGUUACAGACCUCGGAGUGCCUCUUGCACUCAUUGGUCUGUGUGUUUUUGCGCACCUCAAGAGCAAAACUAACGUGGUGGAUGAAAAGUUCUUGGAAGAAGCUGAACUCUUUUCUUCACAUGAUGGGAAUCCCCAAGAGCUCCAGGACCCGAGCUUUUUUGACGAGAUCCCAUAG